AUGACACUCUGCCUUGCCCUGGUGAUUAUGUCGUUGCUUUCAAGUACGGGAAGGGAUUGCCCCUUUCACCGAGACCUGGUAGAGCAGUUGUCUCUCCGAAUGGUGUUUGAUUUCUUCGAUGGAGUGGAAAUUCUGGAUGUCAUUAUCGAAGAGAAUGAAUUUAGCCAUAACGUUCCUAAAGGCUUCGAAAGAAAUAUGCGGGCAUUCGUCUGUAUCAGCUUUCUGGUGUCUCCAUUACAACUGGUCGAGAUAAAGAUAGGAGGUUCCGAUACAUCCAUUUUUAUCGCUAAAAAUACUAUUGUCAUUGGCCGUGGUCUCUUUGAGAUAUUUUCAAUCUGUGAGUGUUGUGGUUGUGACGAUUACUAAACUAGAUUUUUAGUAAUCAGUAUAGUGCGUGUGAUCCGGAUAAUUUAAUAUAUUUGACGUUCCUUUUUCUAAAUGAAAGAGGUAGUGGUGACUAAGUUUUCUUUUGUUAUACAACAGUAGUUUUCUACAUAUGUAUUCAUCCAUUAGAGUGAAUUCGUAUAACCCGUUUGUUAGAAGUUAAUGCCGAGUUUAUUGCAAGAUGAGAGGAACAGUUAUAGACGGUUGUAAACUUUUGAUGAAAUACAUGUUCAACGCUAAAUUUUGCCCGUGAAAAUUCCCAAUCAACCAAUGCUGCAAUAGCUUAUGAUUUUCGACGGAUGGUGCAUGGUGACUGUAAAGUCACACAAAUAAGCAAAGGACCAGUUUAUUCAAAAGCUCUACACGUAUGUGUGCCCUUCGUGACCUUUCGGUUCCACGAAAUUUUCUUGGCAUUAUUACAUAUAUUAUUAGGUCCGAAACCAUAUGCGCAUAUUAGUUAUUUCAAAAUCAAAGGAGUGUACAGCACGAGUUUGAUUUGAAAUCACAAGUAUGAUUGCACGAAACUAAGUUUAAACACCACUUUCUUACAUCCAUUUUAAAAUGGCAAAAUUCACUUCCUCAGAUACAGUACUUUUUAGUCUAUAGAAAUGCUUUUUGAUCCAGCAGUGAGCUGGUCUUAAAAAAGCUGCAAGAGUGGUUUUUCAAUUUCAUUGGGUGGGAGAAAGAUGCGAUUUGGAGAAAAAAGGGGCUUUUCGUGAAUAAAUCGCACCAAUGAGAGCCAAUCAGACUACAAGGAUCACCAGUGGUUUCAAGAUGGAUGUAAUAAAACUGAUGUCGUGUCUUUUCAUUUUUGAAACAUAUUAAAGUACUAUAAUUCUUUUUGUUGUUGUUGUUAUUUUUGCGCCUCCCAUAGGGCCAGUAGGCUUAAUCAAAAAGUAAAAUUGCCGGUUCUUCUCCUCAAAAUUGUAUAAAUAUUUUCUGAGCGGUAGCGCAAAAGUUGAUCAUGGAUGUCCAAUCAAUCUGGUGUCGAUUACAUCAGACGAUAGAGGAAAAACGACUUAAGUUUUUACCUGGUUUCAUAGUUACUUUAAGGGAUAGUUUCCUAAUUGCCAAUACCCCACAACAAAAAUUAAGUAGAAUUUAACAUAUCCAUUAUGAGGUGAGAGCAAAAUAAGAAUGGCACCUAGACUAGGUACUCUUUAAAGAAAUUUAAAGAAUAGACUGGGUGGCUUAAGGAAAGGUGAAAGGUCCAACUCACAGAGUGAAUUUGGGAAAUGAAACGAAAAACCAAGGGACGAACACGAAAAACAAGCUAAGUCUUAUAUCGUGAAAUAUUUACCAAAAAUCAUGGCUAUUGCCCGAUGACUUUUCUAUUGUUCUUUAAGCCACAGUUUAAUGUUAUUAGCUGCCUUAUUUUUCAUGUCUUACCGUAACUUGGGUACCUUUUAGUCCGUUAUCCGAUCGCUGCAUUUCUUUGUCAACCAACAAUGUUGGUUGAGUAGUGUUAAUGUUUAAUGGGAAAGUAGAAGAAAAAGCCGUCUGUAUUGGGCAAACUCAUUUCUGCUUUACUUUAAGAAACAUGCGGUUGCAUCGAUCUAAGCUUGUAAUAUAUGUUGUGGAGCAAGGAUACAUCGAUGCAUAAUAUGCAUGUAAACGACCUCGUUGGUUAGUAAUUUUGUUACCCGUGUUUGGCGAGACAGAAACGGUAGGAAUUUGGAUAAUGGGAUACAUAAAGUCGAUAGGCUUUCCAUAAAAACUUGAGAUCCGUUGGUCUUUGAUAAUUUUUUUCCUGAGAAACAGAGGAGGUUGGUUCAAAUGACACGUCUUUAGGUUGAUUAUCAAUUUAAAGUCCUCAUUCAGAGGUCAACGGAGUUUCUCAGUGUCUAAGCAGUCCUCUUAAGGCUACAACAACAACAGCAAUUUGAGUCUGAAAAUGGCUCGUUCGCCGUUGGCUUGGGUUGCACGUACUGCCUUCUUCAUCGUGAUGAUCUUUCGGUCUAUAUCCUUCGCUUCGUAUCCAGCACGCUACGAAAAUCGAAAUGGCUGGUAUGCGUUACUUCUUCUCUACAUCCAAUCCUUGACUCUCUGA